UGAUAACAACAAAAAGAAGGAGGUGUUAAUAAGUCCGACACACAAUCGUUGGCUGGACUCAUAAUAAAAAAUAAUUUAUUUCAUAGCAAUAUCAAUUAAUAUUAAGUGAGUCAUAAUUCUGAAAUAAUGAAAAAGCUAAAUAAUAAACAGCACCAUCGAGAUCUGACUUAAGGGGUGAGUUAUAUAAAUGUUUGAGCAAACAUUAGUAAGCUAAUUAAGCUGAGAAUAUUAAUUGGUGUUAUAAAUAAACAUCUAGACGGCCCUCAGCAGAAAGAAUGUUGCCCACCUCUGAUGUCAAAGGUUACUGAGUACACAAGCACUGAGUGCGCAACUGAACCGCGAAGUUGUUGGAGGCGAGAGUGGUGGGAGCCAGUCCUCGAGCCCCGUUCACGGCUCAGUGAGCAGGGGCGUGGCCAAGCAACCACCAGCCCACGUGACGGCAACACGUGCACGCGAGAGGUCGGUGGUGCGACUGCCAGCGUGUUCGACCUCAUUACACGCUGGCUGUGUCAGGAUGCGUGUCAGGAUGCUGUGCCUCGCAAAGUACACACCCUCCAGCUCCGCCAUCAGGCCGUGCAGCAACUGACCGAAAGGUUGCGACAGGAGCAGGGGCACGGAGGUCACAUGGUGUUGGUGUUGGUGUUGGCGGGGCGUGCGAGGUGCAGCCACCCGGAGAAACAUCCGACAGCGAGGUACGAAGGUCAUCCACACGAAACAGAGGAAGUGACGUAGGCUGAUGUGAUCACAUCUAACAUCAUCAGCAUUAUUUAUCCGGAAGUAAAAGCGCCCACCCCAGGUCGAGGCCAUGUCGAGGGUGCUGGACGAGCUUUUCGAGGCCAUGAAGCAAGGUUGUCACGGAGACGUGGCCGCGCUGCUGAUGACGUGUGGCGAUGACGUCAACUCUAUCCUCCGUCGUCACACGGCCAUCACGUGGGCUUUGGAGCUCAGGGCUGAUGACGACGUGGUGCAGCUGAUCCUCGCCCACCCCAGGUUCGACCCAGGGGUCAAGAACCAGUCCGGACGCACUGGCUUGUGGGAGGCAGCAAGUGAUGGCCGCACCAACCUCGUCCGCCACCUGCUGAACCUGGGCGCCGCUGUGGACGAACCGGAUAUGCAAGGCGUGACACCGCUCAGCGCAUGCGCGGGGAAUAACAGAUGCCAAGCUGCGCGAACUCUGCUCCAGCACGGUGCUGACGUCAACUCACGUGACAGAAACGGGGACACGCCGCUGCACAGAGCAUGCGCGAGCGGAGCGCACGAUGUCGUCGACCUUCUCCUCGCCGACAGCAACUGUGACGUCAACAGCCGAAACAACGGUCUUCAGACCCCGUUGAUGGUGGCCCUGCCGUCUGCCUACAACAUUCAGGUCAAACACCAGCCUAUUUCGCAGUCCUUGUCCAUUUGUCGCCGCCUGCUAGACGCCGGAAGUGACGCGUGUGCUCAAGAUGGACACCACCAGACGGCGCUUCAUGAGCGAGUGCGCCAAGGAGACAUUGCUGGAGCCUGUCUGUUGCUGCAUCAUAACCCACACAUAGCCAACAUCCCAGACAACCAGGGGAAGACGGCCAUGACACUGGCACUAGAGGGGGAGCGGCCUAACACGGAGCUUGCUCGCUACCUCCUGUUCUACGGUGCAGUUCCCUCCUGUCUGCUGUCGGCAAUCUCCCACAGAGCCCAUGACCGGGCUGCCAAGAUGGUGAUGGACCCACGGUACCGUCAGCAGGUCACCGCGAUGUCUCCCAAUGAGUACACGAGUCUCUACCACAAGCUGCGAUUCUUGGAAACGUUCCUGGCCUCCAUCUUCGUCACCAAGGAGACAGUCUCCGUGCUUCUGGGCAACGACUUUUUAUCCGACGUCCUCGACGAUCGGAACACACCGGAAGCUGUCAGCAAGGGUCAGAGUUCGAACCAUGCGUCAACCAUGAACCCGGCUGUCGAGUCAGCGACGCGAGAACUCCACACGACGACCGCAGGUGACGUAAGAGACGACUCCAGCGACAGCUCCACAACAUCCAGUAGCAGCAGUCGUUGUCUAGGAGAAGCCGUGCGAUGUGUCAGGUGGUCCCUGCACCACUCCAUGUCGCUGCAGCAUCAGUGUCGUCUGGCCGUGCGCAGGUCUCUGGGGACGAGGUUGACAGUCGGUCUGCACACCCUCGGGCUGCCAGAAAAGUUACAGCACUACCUGACUUUGGGUAUAGACCCGGUGCGUGAAAACCCCUAUCAGGCGGCCAUGCUGCACGUGGCUGUGGUGGAGGGGGACGUGGUGACCAUGAGGAGGCUCCUGGAGGAGGGGGUGGACCCCGAGGUCCCUUUCAUGGAGAGCAGUCCGCUGACGAGGGCCGUGGAGAUGGAGCCAGACGACAGCGAGCCCCACAGUGAGGCUGACAGACUGAGACACACGCCAGUCAGUCCGCCACCCGCCACAUCCACCCGACAUCAGCACAUUUCAGGGGCGACAACAAAUGGAGGCGGAGGACUUGGAUGCCAUGCAGUUGCCGCCCCUGACCAGCCUGGGCCUGCGAAUGACGACAGCGAUGACGUCAUAGGGCUGCUUGUACGUCACGGUGCGUCGUGGUCAGGUCGUGACCCGCAAGGAGACACACCUGUCCACGUGGCCGUCACGCGAGGUCAGUGGCUGGUGCGCAAAGUGACCUCACCCAGCAGGCUGCUCAAGGGGUCAGAGGAGAAGUUUGUAGAAGCCGUCGGGGUCAAGGACAGCUGCGGUUUCACGCCUUUGCAGAACGCCGUCCUGGCUGGACACUGGCCAUCCACCCGGAUAUUGCUGAAAGUUCUAGUGGACGGGCUGACCCUGGGGUCACGCCUUCCUGUGCAGAACCCCGCACAGCUGCCCUCGUUGACACUGGGGGAGAGGAUACAGGAGGACUCUGAGGACAGCUGCAUCACACCGCUGCACUGUGCAGCUGCUGCAGGCGCGGCCAGGCACGUGAAGGUGCUGCUGACGCUGGGCGCCAAGGUGAACGCGGUGGACAAGCUGGGCAACACACCGCUACACGCAGCCGCAUGCAGAGGACAGGUGUACUCCCGCGACAGCUACAGUCCGGGGCUGGGCAUCAACCACAGACCCAUGCUCCUCCUUCGCUGUUGGCCCUCCCGGCGGUCAGGGCCGGCGUCGCCAUCUUGUCACAGCUGUGGACUAACAGCACAACUCAAAAAAAGUGCGUUCGGAGGAUUCGGUGUCGAGGAUGCGUCGGCAAAUCUUUCCAACGAGGAACAGGGAGUGAGCAAGGACUUUGUUCUUUCCACAAAGGAUACAGCGGGGGAUGGAGAACUCCACAGGUCUCAACAUCAUCAGAAUUUCUUACAUAUUCCGGAGGUGAGCUAUCGCGAAACGACUCUGGUGUUGCUGAGUCACGGUGCUGACGUCACUAUGUGUAACGGUCAGGGGUUGGAACCCAAACACCUGGCCGCUAGGUAUGCUGUGGACUUCAAGAGUUAACUACGUCAAGAACUCCAGAGAACCGAUCCAACUCAACGGAUUCUUAAAGGAGCUUCUUAACUGAGUGUCACAUGGUCACAUGGACAUUCUGUCACGUGACCGUCAUAUCUGCAAUAAAUGUAGUGGGUUGACUCACCAACCUGCGUGACUCCAAGA